UGUCAUCCCAAUAGUCGCUUGUUUCGUUAUCUAAUCCCGUUUAACUUCAAAGUGUCUCAAAGGGUCCUAUUUAAACACGAAAAAGCAUAACAAAUAUAAUCAAGAUAAUUAUUUCGUUCUUCAGAAGAACGUUGUUGUUAUAAAGUUAAUAUAUAUCAAUGCGUAUAUACAUCUGACCAAGGCCUUGUCAAGAUAUCCGCAUAUAAUAAAUUUGACAGACUCUAGUCGUGAACUCUAUGUGGACAUAAAAAAAGCAGAAAUCAUGAAAGAACUGUUGACAAAUCAAGCUGUGGGAUAUAGUAGCUCCUUUGUCAAUAACAAUAACAAUCGAGAUGCAGGGACCAGCAGUAUUACAAGCGAUAAUAAUUCGAGGAGAUAUGCUAUGCUCAGCACUGAAUGGGUCUCUACUAUCGGCGAAGAACUAGGCAUGCAUCCCUUGCCAGAUCCUCUUUUAAAAAGAUUAGCUGAAGAUGCUUCCUAUCGUUUAAGAGAAGUCUUACAUAAAUGUGUUACGAGACUGAGACAUAGUAAGAGAAAACGUCUGACAUCUAUGGAUGUAAAUGCAGUAAUCACCAGUUUAUGCGACGCCGAUCCGGUUUUUGGUGCACCAGAAUCCUUACCAGAGUAUCAUACAGAAGCAAAGGUGUAUGUGCCUAGCGAAUCUAUUGUUAAUCUCGUUAAUCAAAUGAAUGAUCCGUUGUGCCUGACGCAAACUAAUGUGCCAUUUCUGCAAGAAUCUGAGAUAUGUGAUCUGAAGCUCACAGAAGCGCGUCAUAAUUAUGCCAAACGUGCAUUGAAGACCUUGUUUAAUGGCUCACAAAAAACCUUUCAGGUCUUGCUUAAUGACUGUGCCACUAACGUUCAUUUAGGCGAUGAGGGAGUCGUCGAUAAAUUGAUGUCCAUUGCUAGGUCUAUGGUAAUCUCAAAUAAUGCACAAUAUACACGUGUUUCCACACGGACGUGUCAACUCAUAAUUGCCAUUGCCAGUAAUAGCGAAGCUGUCUAUCCUUAUCACUUAAUUUCGGUGGAUAAAUUAACGGAAUUAUUGUUGGAAUUAUUGUUGGGUCAAAGUUUCAUACAUCCGAAUUUAGAGGUGUUUUUCAAAGAGUGCGUGCUGAAAUUGAUGCUUCGCUGGCCAUCGAUUGCCGACAAGUAUAUACCAACAUUGAAGAAUGUUCUUUUAAAAUGUGAAAUGGAAAGCAGUUCUACAAUUGAGUUCUACAAAAAAAGGAUAAUGGCGGUGGAAUUGUUAGCGAGUAUUCAGCCUCUUAUAUUUUUCCAACAUGACAUCGCGCACUCACUUUCCAUACAAAAUAUUUUAUAUUAUUACGCUUCGUUUGGUUCAAUUAUUUGGCAGCGAAUAGCUUUAGCCGUUUGUGCCCUUUUGAAAUCACAGGGUUCUUUGAACCUCGCCCCUUUGAUUGAACAUUACGGAGACUCGUUAUUACCUUAUAUACCUACUAAUCGUGAUGAUAAUGCAAGAGAGAGAAGAGAUAAAAAAAUUGGCACACUGCCUAUCAUCGUUAAAAGCAAGAUAAGGUACGUGGAAGUCAGAUCGUUGCUUAACACCAGAAUGCUGUGGGAUCGACAAACAGCGUUUCCAGAUUCCACCCUGAGAGGGCCGAGACGAGAAAUAAGAUUUGCGUUCGCUGGUGGCCGCCCGGUGCCACAAAAUAACUUACGACGUGUCAGUUUAAGAGCUAAUUAUCAAAUUCUAAGAAGCGACCUUCAAGCCACUCUUGCUUUAGUCGCAUCGCGUAGAUUACUUGUAAUUAAAGAUAAAAAGAAGGGUCCCUACAACUUUUAUAACUUAGCAAAUGUUUGUCUGUAAUUGUUCUAUAAAGAUAU